AGGGGAAAAUGAAUAAAAAAUUGGGAAAAUGUUGUGCCCAUUUUUUAUAUUUUUUGUGAAAUGUCUCUAGACAUAGAUGGCUCUGCCUUACCUUAUUUCACCUUUCCUUGAAUUGGCAGGAAAAUGGAUUUUUUACUAGUGCUAUGAAUAUCGGUGGAGUUAUAUUUAUUAUAAACAUUAUAAUUACUAUAAUGUUAUAAACAUUAGUAAUAGAAAAAUAAGAUAAUAUAAAACAUUUUCAUAAAUUAAAGUAAAGGGUAAACGGGUGAGACAGGCAGUACACGUAAUUGGCUCAUUGGUGACUUAGUACAAGUGUAGCCAUCUAUGUGUAAAAACAAACAAGUUAACUCACAGUGGGUAUGUCACAGAUAAGUGACAUGCCCAUCGCGAAUGGGUUAAGCUGUUUUGUACUUAUGAAAGUAGAUUUUCAAACCAAAUUUUCUUGUAGAUUUGAUGCAACAGCACUUGGCGAAACGGAAGGCCCAAUAGAAUUAAAAGAUGCUAGAUUUUCCCACUGGCUACAAGAUGCUGAGGAGGUGUUAGUACAUCUGACUGAAGGACCACAGCUUGUAAUAGGAUCCUCCAUGGGCGGAUGGAUUGCUUCUUGCCUUGCUAAAAGAUAUCCAGAAAAAAUAUGUGGACUCCUUCUCCUUGCACCAUCCAUCAACUUCUCAGAAUAUUACGUCCAGCGUUUGCGUAAGAAUGCACCACCUGAACUGUUGGAAGUAUUAGAAAAGGGUGAGAGCUUUGAAUACAAUGAUCCAAAGUACGGACCUUACCCCCUGUCUUUAAGGGUGUUUCAAGAAAUGGUUCCUUAUGAGCUUCCCCUGGAGGAAGAUGGAGGAUACCCUGUUCAAUGUCCAGUCCGCAUAAUCCAUGGUACUGAGGAUACCUACAGCCCUUACAUGAACUCACUGAAGCUGCUCACAGGCUUUGAGACAAAAGAUGUCCAGCUAACCUACAUAAAAGGAACAGGCCAUCACUUGGACGACCCUGAUAGUCUCGAGAUGAUUUACAAGACCAUUCUAAGCAUGAUGAGCAUUUUACAGUCAAAAUUGUAACAAUGCUAAGUGAUAGGGCCAUGUUACCAACAACAGGAGAGCAAGCCAUCAGAGAUUGUCUGUUCUUAUUAAACCAAAGAAAGUAGAUAUAAUGGAUAUUGCUAAAAAAUACUUGUAAUUGUGAGAUACCUCUUUUUUGACUGACUCCAGAUUUGUUACUUUUUUUAGCAACUUUGGUUUGUGUAGGUUAAUUGCAAUGUCUCUUGUAUUUAUUCCUUCAUUUUUAAUAUUCUAGACUAUGUAACAGUUACAGGUAUAUCAUGUGUAGAAAAGUGUAUAUGAGAUUACUUUAUAGUUUUCAUUUAUUUAUAACUUAUGAUGUAAGUUCAAGUGAUUACUUAACAUUUAAUACUAAUAAUUUUAUGAAUUUAUUUAAAAAUAAUAUUGUUAGGUAAA